CGUUUAGGGAAGUCGGCUCACCCCGCACCCAACACCUACGAUGAAGCGCUGGUGAUGUUAUGCUCUCCACUUACACUGCCUGAUUUAUUGAUGAUGGUUUGGACAGAGUAGAGAGAGUGACUCUUUGCAUCGUCACUUUUUCCAUUGCCUUGCUGCCAGUACUUCAGCACAGUCCAAGUCUCCUAUAUAAUUCCAUCGCAUCGACUCCCUGCCGUCUUGACCCUUCCUAUAUAGCGUUGGCUUCAAUCUGAAUACCUCUACAUAUCUACAUCGAUUGUCCUACGACAUAACCUCCCCUUCCAUCCCAUCACCCACCUUCGCGAACUACCCAUCAACAACAAUAACCAUGGGCUCUACCAACGUCUACAGCGACGAAGAGAUCAACGUCCUGAUCACCGGCUUCGGUCCCUUCAAAAAGGAAUACCCCCUCAACCCCUCCUGGGAAAUCGCCUCCCGCCUCCCGGCCAUCCUCCCCCCUUUGCGCGCUAAACAACCUUCCACGCAAAAACCGCCUUUGAUUCCUCGCGUCAACUUGCACGUCCACCCGGACCCCAUCCGCGUCUCUUAUAAAACCGUCCGCGCACUCAUCCCCAAACUUUGGGCUCCCACUUUUGAUUCCUCUUCCUCCACUUCCACUUCUUCCACUUCCACCGCCGCCUUAGCAGCAGAACCCACCACCUCCGAAGCUCCCUUUUCCGAACAAGAUGCCGCCGCCACCACCACCACCACCACCACCGCAAAUGAAGAAGAACCAACCCCAAAGAAAUACGACUUUGCCAUCCACAUAGGCAUGGCCGGCCCCCAACCGCGAUGGGCAAUCGAGCGCCUUGCGCACCGCGACGGGUACGCCUUGCGGGACGUGGACGGCGAGUUUCUGCGCGACAAGGAAAAUCAGUUGAAAGACGACGAUUGGGUGUGGAAGGGGUGUCCGGCGGAACUGCGGACGGAUUUGGAUUUGGAUGUGAUUUUGGAAAAGUGGAGGGGGUAUGCGCCGCCGGGACUGGUGGUGGCUGGGACCCCCCAGAAUGGUGGUGGUGGAGAUGAAAAAGAAGAUGAAAAAGAAGGGGGAAAAGAAGGGGGAAAAGGAGGAAAAGAAGGAGAGGGGGGUAAAGGGGGAGGAGGAGGAGCAAAGUGGUAUGGCAAUGAUAUCAAAGGCGGUAACAAGGGAGAAAAGUUGGUGAUCAGUGAAGAUCCAGGAAGGUAUCUUUGCGAUUUCAUUUACUAUAGUAGUUUGGCGGAGCUGUAUAAGCGCAAGGCGGAGAGGAAAGUGGUGUUUUUGCAUGUGCCGUGUGAGGUGGGCAAGGAUGGGGAGUAUGUGAGGAUUGGACAGGAGCUCAUGUUGGGGUUGGUGAGGGGUGUGGCGGAGUGGUUGGUGGAUGAGAAGAAGAGGAAGGGGGAUUUGAGGUGAUGUCUCACAUUGUGAUGAGGAGAGGGGUGACGGAGUUAUUGCCGGUAGUUUGAUUUUUGGGAAACUGCGAAAGGGAAAUGGUGCGAUACGCAGCCUUUUAUGGGUUCAGGAUUUACGAUAUACACAUCGAUACGCAUCAGCGAUUACAUCCCUCCGCUUAUAACUGAUCUCUUACCCAUUUUCGCAGAGUCAAAGGGCCUUGACAUCAACACCCAAC